CCAAACACAGCCCCAAUUGUACCCAACUGUCCAUAACUAUAGCUACAUAUACUCUACAAUUUUGUACAUAUUAUCAACAUUUUUAAUAUAAGCCAAUCAUUGAUGAGUUGUUGUGUUGUUUUGAACAUAAGUUCCAUUUUUUUGUAAUUAAGUGAAAAAUAUUGUCAAAUAAAUUAAACAUACAUUGGAUUCAAAUUAUAUAUAAAUUUAAUAUCAGUUGUCAUUCAUUUGUAUUAUUUUUUAACAAAUUGUUUGUUUUGAUUACAAAAGUUUUGUCACAAUAGUAGUCAUCAAUUGAUAUCAUAUAUAAAACAAUGUUAAACACUGGAGUAUUUGCCGGAAAAACUAUUUUCAUAAGCGGUGGCAGUCGUGGUAUCGGCAAAGCAAUAGCAGUCAAAUUGGCCAAAGACGGCGCAAAUGUGGCCAUCGCUGCCAAAACUGUUGAUAUACAUCCAAAACUUGAGGGCACUAUAUAUUCGGCCGCUGAGGAAGUCGAGAAAGCCGGCGGUAAAUGUCUUCCCAUUCAAUGCGAUUUAAGAGAUGAAGAGGCCGUCAAAAAUGCUUUGGAAAAGACUGUUAAUCACUUCGGAGGUCUCGAUGUGUUAGUCAAUAACGCGAGUGCUAUCUCUUUAACAGGUACUGAAGAAACAACAAUGAAGAAGUAUGAUUUGAUGCAUACAAUCAACACUCGGGGGACUUUCAUGUGUUCAAAGUACGCCAUUCCUCAUCUCAAAAAGGCAUUAAAUCCACAUAUUUUAAAUUUAAGUCCACCUCUUGUAAUGACUCCCAAGUGGUUUAAGAAUCACGUGGCCUACACUAUGGCCAAGUAUGGUAUGUCUAUGUGUGUGUUGGGUAUGUCUCAUGAGCUCAAGGAUGUUGGUAUUGCUGUUAAUGCUUUAUGGCCGCGGACUGCAAUUUGGACGGCAGCUAUGGCUAUGUUGGGCGGUACUAAUGAAGAGAUGGCUAAUAAAUGCCGAAAAGUCGACAUUUUAUCAGAUUCUGCUUAUGGAAUACUUUCGAAGAAUUCUAAGCAAUUUACCGGUAAUUUUGUGAUUGACGAAGACUUCCUUCUCAGUGAAGGUAUUCAAGAUCUGAAUCAAUACGCUGUCAAACCCGGACACACACUUAUGCUCGACUUUUUUCUACCCGAAUCUCAAUCCAAUAAAGGAGAUAAUGUUGUAGACAUGUAUGCAGAUGUCAAUAGUAAUGAAACUCAAAGUAGUGGAGUCUCAAGUGAUGGUAAAAUUGAUAAAAUAUUUGCCGGAAUUAAAGCUUCAAUUAGUGAUGACCUCAAGAAAGAUAUAAACGCUUGUUUGGCAUUUGUCAUAUCGGGUCAGAAUUGGCUCAUUGAUGCCAACAGUAGCCGACCACUUAAAGUGGAGAAGACUGAAACCACUAGCGCUGAUGUAACUCUUAUUACCGACGAUGAGACCUUUGAAAAGAUGGUUAGAGGAGAGUUGAAGCCAACUAAUGCUUUUAUGGCCGGAAAACUUAAAAUUAAAGGCAAUAUAUCUGUCGCUAUGAAAGCAGAGAAAUUAUUUUCCUCUUUUAAAUCAAAGUUAUAAAUAUAAAUAAUUUUGGUUUUUUACUGAUAAACUCAUAAGACUUAAUAGACUAUAAGGAAAACAGAAGUGCAUUCAAGCAUUUAUUUAUUAAUAAAUGUGUUAAAGAAAUAUAUUUUUAUUGAAAUUGUUAUUAACAGUUAAAUAUAAUCUACAACAAUGAUAAUUAAAUUUAUGUACAAAAA